ACGACAUUGAUCCCUAUCAUAAGAUCGUUUGUGCAUUUGCUGAUUCGGAACCCGCAUCUGACAAUCCAUUUUAUAAUAAUUGACAGAGACUUCGACAGCACUUGAUCUUUGUAAUCUUGACAUAUAAGUGAUUGUGAUAUAGCGCCUAAACAUGUCGAUGAGAUUCAUUCCUUCUGCACCUUAUGCUUCCGAGGCUCCCAAGCCAGACAUUGCUCGUGGAGAAAUCCCUGCUCUGCGGGAUCAUAUGGUGGCUGGAACUCCACCUGUGCCAAUGGCUGAUAGUCUUAAUACUCCCACUGAAGGACCUCACCCUUUGCAAUCACAUCUCAAGAACUGGGAUCAAACGCAGUACGAUAUGAAGUUGGAACAUCUUCGAAGACUAUUUGGUGCUCAUGAGCCUGUUCGAAGAGUGAUGGAACUAGAGGCAUGCAAAGAGAGUCUUCCAUUCUAUCCCGAGGUUCUGAAACGAGCCGACACAAUGUCUAUGAGUGGCGCUCCUGGUGCCCGCUUGGACAUUGCUCAAGAGAUUCUGCUUAGCCGGGAUCAGGUUGUCGACUGGGAGGAUAUUUAUGAAGGGAAUGAUACGGUACCUCUGGAUUUUCAUUCCGAUUUGGAACGAAGAAUGAGACUAUAACUGUAUCUAUGUGACUACAGAAUUUACAUAAUAUAAAUG